AUUUCUCUAACACUAUGCCAGUCAUUUUUUAUUCUUUUCUCAUGUGAAUAUUGUGUUAUCUAUACUUUUUGUUUCAGGUUACACUAAGAAUGGAAAAUAAAGGAUUCCACCGUUCCAGCCUAAACAGUCUCCACAGUAGCACAAGCGAUGAGGACAUGGUUGAAAUCACAGAAGGCACCCUGGAUUUUAAAAUUUCUGAUGAUGAUCCACCAAUAGAUGCAGAGAACGAUACUGGUAACCAAUAUUCUGUUUUAUGUACAUAUACCUACAAUGUUUCCCUGAAAAUAAGACCGGGUCUUAUAGUAUUUCCACAGAAUACAGCAGGAAUUCAGUGCUAAUCAACACACAAUAUAUGCAGAAUGGGCAGCAACCCAAGCGAAGGAAACCACUCAAGUCCUUCAAUGGAUCAAAUAUAACACAAAAAAAGAUGGAGUAGGGCUGCGCCAAUACGAAUAAAAUAGUCUUAGAGAGGGUAGGAAGUCUCGCUAGAGUAGCAGUAGAUAAUCAGGGAAACUUGAUAAGACGUAUUUUCUUCAGUGGGACUGGAUACAUCUCAGGGUGUUAGUUUGUAUAUAUGAAACAGAAAAGAGGCAGAAAGCAACCAAUAGUGCAGUACGUCUAGAGUCCAAAAGUGCAGUAAGUAACGAGAGGUAGAGAACUCACAUUUAAAAGAGCUAUGGCCAGCUCUGGUGUGAAGAGCAUACAGCGGUAUAUUUCCCGCUUAUGGGAUGUGGGAAGAUGUAUCCGCCAGCACCGUCUGGUAAUCCAGAGCUCCAAAGGGAAGAUAAACGGCAACAAAAGUGCUCUCAAUUGUGAUAAAAUAGAGUAUAAAAGAGUGAUAAGAGUAAUACUCACAAGUGUAGAGCAGAAACACUGCUCUAUUGAUAUAGCGUUGGUGGUAUAAUCCCUACCUCGGAUUUCUUUUGAUUAGUAGUAAAAAGCCAAGUAGCAAAGGAAAUAUAUUAUCAAAUAUAUUUUAAAAUUGUAAAUAAAAUUUAAAGGAAUUUGGCACAAACCAGGUCUAUUAGCACAAAAGAAUUCCUUUAUUCAGUAGUAAAGAAAAUCUAAAACAUCCAAAUACGCGUUUUGCCGAUGUGGCUUUCUCAAAAUGGGAUAAAAACAUACAACCUGGCUACAUAGUUUAAAUAGGAAUAUGGUAAUUUAAAAUUGGUGCCAAAAUUUCAGCUUUAAAUUGUCAACCAAUGGGAAACAGUGACCGUUAAUAAAAUACAAAUGUACAGAUCAAAUAUACAGUAUUGUAGAUCAUAUAAUGGGGAGUAUAAAUAUAUAUUUACAUUGAAAAAAACGAAGUGUAUUGACUGUAAUCUAGGCAUUUUUAGUAUUAGCCGCUAGGCAUCAUGGGGAUUGUAGUUAUCUGCAUGUAUGAUGUCAGCAAGAAAUUAUCACAUUUGCAGACAUCAGGGGAAAGCUUAGUGGCCUUAUUUAAUGUAAUAGGUGGAUGGAGGGGAAAAGGUGUAAGGUGUUUAUACUUAAAACAUGAUGGUAAUGGUAAUUGUUUUAAAUAGUGGGAAAAAUAGCCGCGGUGGUCAUCUUGGUAGGGGAAGCUGUGAUAGUGAAAUAAUGGCGCCGGCCAUCUUGGGAGGGAAUAAGGUCAUAUUGUGGUGGCCAUAUUAGGAGGGGAAAAAACAAUGUACAUAAGAAUAAAAACAUGAAUGACAUAUAAAGUAUAUAGUAUAAUUGCAUUAGUACAUGAAUGACACAUGUUAUGCAUGGUCUAAUACAUAGAAAGGAAUUAGAUAAAAAUUAUAUAUGCAAAAGCAGUAUUUUAGACCAAGUAAUUGGAGAGAAUAGUUAAAAAAUAAUCGAGAAUGAGACAAAAAGCCCUGGUGGAUUUUGUAGCUAGGAUCUUAUCAGACAUAAAUUCACAGAAACACUCAAGAUAUCUGAGGGGAAGUUGUUAUGGUAGGGGUAUCCUAAAUCACAAUGCCGUAGGUGAAACAACUGCGAUUAGUGUGUCCCUAAGGUAACAACUGAUAAAUCUCAGGGCGUUGAUGGUUAGUAGGUGUUUUAGACAUUCACAUAGCAAUGAUAGUAAUAAAAGAAAGUAUAAUCGUGGCCCAAAAUGGGGUACAAACCAUAACCACUUCCUUUAAAAUGUGUGAUAGACUAAAAAUAGUAAAAUAAGACAAAAGGCUCUUAGGCAAGUUGGAAAUAGGCUGUUAAGUAGGGAAAAGGAUAGGAGAAUACAUACAUAUAUAAUAGAUAAGUGAACAUUGUAAAAUGAGGAACUAGAUAUAUACAUAUAAACAAGUAGGUAUUUGUAAGUGGGUACCUAAUACAUGAGGUAAAUAAUAAACAUAAACAAAUAAACAUAUUAAAUUUGAACAAGUCAAAGUCUACAUUUAGACCAUAGGGGGUUAAUGUUUUAAGUUAAAUACCCAUUCCAUUUCAUCUUUACCUAGAAUGUUUUCCCACCUCUCCAUAGGGUCACACAUUUUUUAAUGCCUAUGCAUUUAAGUAGUUUUGCGUUGUUGCUAUGCAUACAAAAAGGUUUUGAGACUGAGUGAUUUAAAUAUCCUUUUUUAGUGUUUCUGCAGUGUUCACUUAGUCUUAUUUGAGGUUUCUGGUAGUCAUACCUACAUACUGGAGGCCACAGGGGCACUCCACUAGGUAGAUAACAUUUUUUUGUGUCACAGCUGAUAAAAUCCUUAAUUUUAUAGGUUUUAUUAGUUAUAUUCGAUUUGAAGGAAGUAGUUUUGGAGGGGACUGAGGGGUCCGUGUUUUUACAAACAAUACAUUGUUUACACUUAUAAAAUCCACUGGCAUUGGAAAUAAAAGAAGUAGUAUUAGGUUUGAUCUCUUUAGUAAAAUUGGUGGUUAAAAUAGACUUAAAAUUAGGAGCGACUCUAAAAACGAUAUUUGGUUUAUCUGGUAUAAUGUUUUUAAGUAUUUCAUCUUCUUUCCAUAAAUGCCAGUGUUUUUUUUAAUCAGUUUCUUUAUGUGACCACUUUUAUUACUAAAAUUGAAGAUGACUGGAAUGGGCAUGGCAUUAAUGGUUGGUUGGGUUUUAUACGUUAGGAGGUCUGCUCUUUCUUUCUUCUUAAUAGUAUCUAAAAUGGUGUUAAGAUGGGUGGGAGAGUAGUUUUUUUUUCGAUAAAUUUGUCUCUUAAAAAGUUAGCUUGUGUGUUAGUCGUCUAAUUGGGAGCAGUUACUACAGAGACGUAGGAAGUGGCUCUGUGGGGCACUUUCUAACCAGGGCUUGUAAUGACAGCUAGAGCGCUCAAUGGCUGUAUUAACACAUUUUUUUUUAAAAAAAUACCUUUUUUAAAAUUCUAUUCUCUUUAAUAAAAAUAUUGAGGUCUAAAUAGUUAAUAGAUUUUUUACUUGUUUCACAGGAUAAAAUGAUACCGCUAUUGUUUUGAUUAAGAUGGUGAAUAAGAGUUAAAAAUGUAAGCACUAUAAUAAUAUUUGCUCCAAGAAACACACCAGGGCUUAUUUUCAGGGGAUGUCUUAUUUUUAAUGUACGGUACAACGAUAAAUGUACAACAAAACAUUUAUUCACAGACAAUCAUGCCAACUUCUUCUGGAACAUCGGCAUAGCUUUCUUACCCAUGAAUUCCGGCCUAAGUUUCUUGCAACUCCAUUUUCUGUAGAAGCUUUGACCCCAAUCUCUCAUGUCCAGCAAUAUAGCUCUCCUUAAAUAAGUACUUCUUGUCCAUGUAGAACCACAAAUACCUAGAUACAUUGUAUAUGUGGCGCUUCACAAUAUACAACAAAAUCAAAUCUAGUACCAGCAGCUAUAGCACCAUCAGUGGAUAUCCCAAAAUUCCACUGAAAUACAGAAUGUGAACAGAAGAGUGGACUCCAAGGUUUAGGUGAUAAUCCCACCACUUAACAUGCAGAGACCCAAGGUGCAGCGCUUUAAAAAAAUAUAUAAUAGUGUGAUACUGUAUUAUAAAUAGUGAGCUUUAAAUUAGAGUGAGUGUAUACAUAAACUCACAUUUUUCGAUAUCGGCUCAGAACAAAAAACUGAUCUGGAUUCUCAGGUAUACCAGAAGACCUUCUUUUGUAUAUUCACUCCCUGUUGGUAAAUAUGGAGAUAAAAUAGAGAAAUCAACAAUCUAGGUGACACUGUUUUUCAAAAUCACAGAAUGAAGUAUAUCAAUGAGCUUCUCACCUUUUUAGGAGCCGGUUUGAUAACUGGCUCCAAAACAUCCACUUAGUGUCAACUUUUAGGGUGACCCUGCCCUUUCAGGAACAAGAAAAGGAUCAAAUAAUGCAGCAGUGAGUAAGGAACUUAUUCCAAAGACUAGACUUUAGACUUUAAUUAUAACAUAAAAACAAAAGCUAAUAAAAAAGAUUAAAAGAUAUCAAAGUAUUUAAGUCCUCCAAGUUCAAGACGCGUUUCUCCACUGAAUGGGUUCCCGGUUCCACUUUUAAGUCCGUGGAGACUCCUCCUUCCUGCGUCCUUAACCAAUCAGGGGGCUUCUUUACAGCUGUCCUCCAUUUUUCUUGAUGCGGACGUCAUUACUUCGUGGUUCGCCAAACGGAAGUGACGCGAUGGACAAACGCCACUUCCGGUUAGCGUCAUAUGAACUACAUUACACUCCUCCUUUUGAUGAGAGAAAAAAAGUUUUGUUUCCGAUUCAUACGAUAUCAGAGUGUUUAUAUCCAUUUGAGGGUUAUAUGGAAAGAAAGAAAUAAAGUAUAAGAGAGAUAUCAGUAUAGAAACAUUUUCAUAUGUAUAUUAAUAUUGAACUCUCUCUAUCUAUCUAUAUAUAUAUAUAUAUAUAUAUUUUUUAUUUUUUUUUCGCUAAAAAACACUUUAUUUAAAAAGAUAAACACAAACCCUAUUAAAUGUAGAAAUAUAUAAUCAUUAUAAAAACCUCAUCUAUAAAAAAAUGACACAACUCAAAAUCCUCAUUGAGACCCAUAGGGGUCAAAGUGUUUAAGUUAAAAAUCCAUCUAAUUUCACGCCUACCCAGAUUCUGUACAAUAUCAUCAAUGCAGGUAACGUGCACUUUUGUAACCAGUGGAGCGAAUGUAGAUUGAUGAGGCAUCCCUCUGAUCAAUUGUCGUUUGAGAUCCUUGGCCCAUAAACACUGCAGUUUCAUCCAUAGCAAUCAUGUUGGAGAAUUGGUACUUAGAAAAGUCGAUGCUUACAAAACGCAGCCAGAGGGCACAUGUCCUUCUUUGAAAACAUGUGCCUCCGCGAAACGACACAACCAGGUUUGAUAUCAAAACUAUAUGCACACCUUAGCUCUCAAACAAAAGAAUGGGGCACGCUCACUUACACUGAAGCAUGGGAAAGGGAACUGGGAGAGGAACUCGAGGGCACAGACUGGAGGGAAAUUUGGGAGGCUAACGCCUCAGUGUCCAUGUGUGUCUCCCUUCAGGAACAGGCAACUAAAACGCUCCUCAGGUGGUAUGUCACGCCAGUAGCAUUGCACCGAAUGGGGAAAACCCCGUCGAACGACUGCUGGAGGGGGUGUGGCCUGAAAGGUACAUACCUCCACAUGUGGUGGUAAUGUCCCCGGCUCCAAAGCUUCUGGAGAGAGACCCAGACUCUCAUAAAACGCAUUUUCCACAGAGCACCAGACCUGAACCCAUGGACAUUUCUCCUCAAUAGACCCUUAGAUAAUUGGACACGUAGAGAGCAAAAACUCCUACAUAAGGUGAUGCUGGCAGCACGGAGAGCUCUGGCGCAAGCAUGGUUGAAGGUAGAAACACCUCCCCCGAGUGCAGUUAUACAUAAUAUAAAAGACAUACACCUUAUGGAUAGCCUAACGGCUAAAGUCCGAGGCACUGUCUCACAGUUCGAGAAAACAUGGGAGCCAUGGACCACUAGCGACUUGACUGGAGAAACCGCUCAAUAAUAGAACAGGGCGAGCACUAUACACCCACACUGGACCAACCCUGAAAGAGUUCCUCGGGGACUGAGACGAAAACCCUAGGUGGACUGGCCCCGACGCCCUGCGCUCUGGUGACCCUAACCUACUGCCUUCCCUCUAUCUCUGUCUCUUAUAGUCUCUCUCUCCUUUAGUUCUACUGGUUAGGAAAAAUGGAGCAACCCCAACGCUCCACGCUGCAAAUCAUUUAGCUGACACAUCAUACUGUUGUAACACGAGACAACGACGGCACACUGCCAAGCUGGCCUGCCGGCCACUUCUUUUUCUAAGAGGCACUAAAACUUGGUCUAAAUAUUUGGCAUUGUGCCCCACGUAAUGCAGGAUAGGCGCGGUCCAUUAAGCACUUAUCGAAAUUAGUAUAUCUCCUUCCCCAGCACUACACACUCCUAAUUAACAGAUUCUGGAAGAACCCCUUUGGGACAGAGAUAGUACAUCGGGGCUAACUGGUAAUAGCAGCUUAUGCCCUGAUGACCCCACUCUUCUACCUUUCCUCUAUUCUCAUUCUUUCCUACUUUUCUACUUACUCCUUCCACUAGUUACUGGGACUGUGGAACAGCCCCAAAGUUCAAAGUUGAAAAUUACGUUGUGACAACAUAAUAAUAUUAUAGGUGAGGAGAUGAAGGCAUCAUGACAAACUGGACUGCCGACUAACUUACCUGUUACAAGGCGUUGCACUGGGCUUACAUUCUGAGCAUCAUGCCUCUCAUAACGCAACAUUGGCAAUGUCUAUUUUAUGCUUUGAUUAUGUCAUAUGUCUUUGUCUUUGCUUUAUCAUUCUUUCAAAAAUAAAGUUAAAAAAAAAAAAAAAAAGAAAAGUCGAUGCGAUCCACAAAAUACUUGAAUGCAAGUGCACAUUUAAUAAUGUCAGUAUCUUCCAGCUUGAACAGUGUUGUCGAUCUUCUUAAGGAAGUCAUCCAGCCAGUGUUGUGAUUCUUUGAUAUCUCCUGGGGAUAAUUCAAACUGUGGUGCCAUUGCAUGGGUAAAUGCUUGAAUAUCAGCCCUGUGCACAACCAAAGCCUUUGCUCUCCUGUCAGCAAUCCAUUCACAGAUGAUGCCUUCCAGCUCAGGAAAUAAUCGUUGCCGACCUGAUCCACACUUGCGCUUCUUGGCAUUGCCCUUGUCCACCUGUUGCUUGAGAUUAUCGCACUAUGCUCGCCAUUUUUGGACCAUUUGGACAUCCAACUUCAUCUCUUUGCAGAAAGCCAUUAUAUAUUUGCCCUGGGAAUCCUCCACAAUUCUUUUAUUGUAUGCAACGGAAUAGCUCUUUCUUUUUGCACUUAUUUUGUCUAGGUGUCAAAAUAUAACAGACUUUGGUUUUUACAACACUGUCCGUAAGUGAGGAUGCACUACUGUAGCAAGCAUGUGCCAGAAAGCAGGUCUAUAUUCGGGGAAAUUCCCCCGAACAUAGACCAGUUCAAUAGUGCAUGGAAUCCCGCUAAUCUAUGUUCAGGGAAACUUCCCCGAACAUAGAUUUGCUUACUAGCGAAUGGAAUCCCGCGAAUAUUCGUUCUGGGAAAUUUCCCCAAACACAGAUUGGCGAAACGCUGACUAGGGCUUAUUAUCAGGGUAGACUAGUGCUUAUUUUUGAGUAAUGUCUGAUUUUCGGGGAAAGACGAUUAUCACCAAGGCUUAAAAUAGUUUAUUAAACGUUCUCUUGAACCAAAAAAAAGAAGAAUAAUGACUGCUAUUGAGGUAUGAUUGGUUUUUAGUACAAACUUUUUUCCGUCUUCCCUUCUCAACACCAUUGACUGUCUAGAUUCACCCAAUAAUUACAAUAGGCAGUUUUAAAGAAAAACUAUAGGGCCAGGAACACAAACAUGUAUUCCUGACCCCAUAGUGGUAAAAAACACUAUCUUGCCACCCCUAAAUAAAGUAAAAUAUUACAUGUAUUCCAGUCUGCUGGUGCUGUCUCCUCCCCUGAUCUGCAUCCUUGGCUAACAACAUCAGAAGUGAUCAUCUCAGCCAAUCACCAUGCUUUUCCAUAGGAAAGCAUUGGAUUGCCUGAGCUUGUCAAGGAGGCAGAUCAGGGGCAGUGCCAGCACAAACCUAACUCAGCCCUGGCCAAUCAGAAUCUCCUCAUAGAGAUGCAUUGAAUCAAUGCAUCUCUAUGAGGAAAGUUCAGUGUCUCCAUGCAGAGGGUGGAGACACUGUCAGUGCAGCACUGCCCCAGGAAGCACCUCUAGCAGCCAUCUGAGGAGUGGCCAGUGGAGAUAUCCCUAUGCUGGAAUAUAAACACUGCCUUUUCUCUGAAAAGACCAUGUUUACUGUACAAAAACCUUAAGGGAAUCAUUAUACUCACCAGAACAAAUACAAUAAGCUCUAGUUGUUCUGGUGAGUAUAAUGUCCCUUUAAUUUAAUACUAACCUCAAAAGUUUCCCUCUGCAGUAUCAUUACUGAUAUUGGCAAAGGGAAUUCUAAGGUAAAAAAGUUGCUGCCUUCUACUGACUAUUUUCAGUAUGGUAGGCAUGUAAUAUUGCAUUGGAAUUAGUUUGCCCAACUGACAAAGCCAAGCACCAAUCAAAAUGUAAUUGGGGCAUGGAUUGAAAGCCACCAGGGUCUAUUCAGAUCCAAAAUGAGAAUCUCUGUGGCUGAGCUUGAUUGCUCAGCUUUGAUGUUCCCUCUGGAUUUAAAGGGCUGUAUGCCGUGCUGAUUUACAGCACUGCAUGCACCUCAUCAUAAAGUCUGGGUCACUAAUCAUGGCCCCAGCUAAAAUAAAAGAGGUAAGACCCAGAUAUCCAUUGCUUCACACCAAGAUCUUGUUCUUGAUCCCAUUUAAAUGGACACUAUAGUCAACUGAACAACUAAUGUUGUUGUUCUGGUGAGUAUAGGCAGUCCCUGUAGGCAUUUCCAUGUAAACACUGCCUUUUCUAGGGACACCUCAAAUGACAGUCACUCAGACGGCCACUAGAAGCAUUUUCUGGUGGUUAGGCGGCUUGGUCGCCAAAUGGAUGCUGGAUGUCCUCACACUCUGCAUAAGUGCUAUCCGGCGUCAGUCAAUACCCCACAGGAAAGCAUUGACGCAAAGCUUUCCUAUGGGGAAAGCCUAAUGGGCUUGAAGCGUACGCCGUGCACUAGCAACCCCAUACGGUGCUGUCGGAGGGAGCGGAGCACCGAAGGACAAUGAUGCUGGAGUCGGGUAAGUACAGUAAGAGUAUUUUAUCUUUUACUAUGCGUGGGGUGGGGGAUACUAGCACUAUAGUAUUCCUAUCUUUAAAAGUAGCGCCAAACUGACACUACUGCAGUUUCAGUUGAUAUACAUUAAUAUAUACACUUUUUGCAAAAGAACCUGAAAGAGUGUGUGUGUGUGUAUAUAUAUAUAUAUAUAUAUAUAGGUAUUUUUUAUUAAUUGUCCUGCUCAAAUGUUACAUCGCAGCAGCAGCAACUGCUAUUUUUUUAUUUUUUUUAUUUAUAUCUCAGCAUAAUCAUUUGAUAAUUCAGUUGCACCAGUGCUUAAAAUGUGUGAAUGACUAAGCUAGACAUGGACGAUUGUUUGUUUGUGGAGUUUGUUUGUGGUUGUUGUAAAUACUUUUAGAAGCCAUAGAUAAUGAGGGCCAUAAUACAGCAGAUUAACGGAGUAAGUGAGUAGAUAGAAAUUAACACAAAGAAGUGGGGGUGGCAUCGCAAGACAGAGACCUUUGGUCAAGUAGGAAAUUGCUCAGGUUCGUUUAAUAAGACAACAAGAAAACCAGAAUCCUUUCAUGUAGCAUUGCGAGACUGUACAGGAUUUCCAGGUGAGUGAAACAAAUAAAAUGAGCAGUAGGCAUUAUAUGUAAUAAAAUAAGGUGGUGGUUGCUAAGCAAAGCUUUGUAUAAAAUAUAUGAAAUGAGCUGGUUGCAUAUUUGUAAUGUGUGGGUUGAACCAUAAAGACUGCGGUGAUGAUUUCUGUAAAUGGUUAUAGGAAGAAGUUGUGACACAUCACGUGGUGUGUAUGCUGCAGUAUUCUGAAUUCUAGGAUGUGGUUGAAAUGGCACUUAAGGGAGUUUUUAAUUAUCUAAAUUUAAACUAAUUUCAUGUUUAUUAAUAUUUUUAAAGAAAUUGCUUGCCUACACUACCCAAAAAAUGAAGUGUCCCACACAGGGAUUAUGGUGUGUGUAUAAGCAAACCUGAGCAUGGGGUAACCCUAAGUUUUAUAAUAAAGAAAAAGAGUGUAUGUCCAAGGGACAAGGUCACUUUGGGCACACAAAAAGGUUGCUUGUUAAAUGUAAAUCAUAUAAUAAAGUAAAUUUUAUUUUUAUUAAAAUUUUAUUAACUGGAAGAAAAAACAUAUAUAUUGUACAUACACAUUAAAAAGAGCUAUAACGAGAUAUAGACUCUACAGUAACCACCCAGGGGGGAAAUUGAAUAAAGACGAGAUAAGGGGCGUGAUAGGCUAUCAAUUAAAUACUAAAAAUAGUAUAGAUUGUAUUGUAGCUCCUUGAAUAGUAUAUGUGAUAAGUAAUAUACUACUUCCAGCUGUUAAACUUCUUGCUUAGGAUACUGAUUCACAUGUGUAUUUUAUAAUUGUUAUUGUUUAAAGUUUGUUAUAUAUAUAUAUAUAUAUAUAUAUAUAUAUAUAUAUAUAUAUAUAUUGUAAAAUUGAUGUAUGUAUCAGCUUGACAAAGACCUUUUGGGGUCGAAACGUUGCUGUUGUGGUUCUCAAUAAAGUGCCUGGACCCCUAUUAUUUUACUAAUGUAUUGUAGCUCCUGACCCCUAAGGAUAUAUUAACUAUAGAUGGAACCAAAAUUAUUCAGAAAUGUAGCUAAAGUCCUUAUAAAGACUUUAAGUAACUCAAAUAUUCAAAUGAACAGAGAGGGAUAGAAUCAGUUAUUACUUGAUUGAAAAAAGUAACAUCCUAUAUUGUGGACCCCACAUUUAUGUCAAAUAUUCUAUCAAGGUACACAGUCUAUUGAGAUGAGCUAACCUACAUUUGAUAGUUAUACUGCAGUGAUAGACUGCUAUUAGAAUAUAGCAGACCCCUCAACAUAUAUGCAGGGUAGAUCCAUAUAUGUAGAUAGCUGUAUGUUAUAAGGCAGUGAUAAACUGCUCUUAGAGUACAGCUAAACCCUCAACUUAUAAUAUAUAGAGAAAAGACUACAUGGAAAAGAAAAACCGUAAGUAGACGUAAAGUAAAUGUGCUUUAGCAUUCAAUGAUAAGUACUCGGAUAGUCUAUUACUAUAAAGACUAGCUACAGAGUGUUGAUCCUGAAUGAAGCACUGUGCCUCCUCUGUCCAUUACCCAAUACGGUUCAAUGGACGGAGGAGGCACAGUGCUUCAUUCAGGAUCAAUACUCUGUAGCUAGUCUUUAUAGUAAUAGACUAUCCGAGUACUUAUCAUUGAAUGCUAAAGCACAUUUACUUUACGUCUACUUACAGUUUUUCUUUUCUUUUCCAUGUAGUCUAUCUACAGCUAUCUACAUAUAUGGAUCUACCCUGCAUAUAUGUUGAGGGAUCUGCUGUAUUCUAAAAAAUAAUAAAAAUAUUAAAAUAAUAAUAAAAUAUAAUAAUAUUAAAAUUAAAAUAUUUAAAAUGCCCUCCCCUCACCUAGUUUACACACACUACACAAACACACACUGCAUUCACACACACACACACUGCAUUAUAUACACACUGCAUUCAUUAUACACACAAACUCACACACUGCAUUAAUUAUAUACACACACUACACACAAACACACACUGCAUUCAUUAUAUACUCGCACACUGCAUUAAUUAUAUACACACAAACACACACACUGCAUUCAUUAUAUACACACACUACACACAAACACACACACUGCAUUCAUUAUAUACACACACACUGUAAAUAAAUAUUCAAUUAAUGUAAUUUUAUUGGGAUCUAAUUUUAUUUAGAAAUUUACCAGUAGCUGCUGCAUUUCCCACCCUAGGCUUAUACUCGAGUCAAUAAGUUUUCCCAUUUUUUUUGUGGUAAAAUUAGGGGCCUCGGCUUAUAUUCGGGUCGACUUAUACUCGAGUAUAUACGUAAUAUAUUCUUAGGGGUCAGGAGCUACAAUACAAUCUAUAUAUACUAUUUUUAGUAUUUAAUUGACAGCCUAUCACGCCCCUUAUCUCGUCUUUAUUCAAUUUCCCCCUGGGUGGUUACUAUAGAGUCUAUAUCUCUUUAUAGCUCUUUUUAAUGUAUAUGUACAAUGUGUUUUUUCUUCCAGUUAAUAAAUACAAUUUACUUUAUUAUAUUCUAUACAUUUAACAAGCAACCUUUUCGUGUGCCCAAAGUGACCUUGUCCCUUGGACAUACACUCUUUUUCUUUAUUACACUACCCAAUCCAACUUUUCUAACAGGACAGUUGCAAACUGAGGAUUUACUGGGAUAACAAUCAGUAUGACCCAAGAUGCAUACAAAUAGCUGUCAUAAAUGGGAAAUGGGAAAGGCAGGCAAAAUUAGAUUGCUGUCCAAAAGAGUUCAGUUUUAGGAACAGCUAAGAUACUGUGCAGAACCCUCAGACUACCAAUCCUCUAGUAGAGGACCUAAAAAUGCAGAAUAAAUAUACAUAUCCCUAUAUAUACAUUUACAUAUCGCCGGGCUCAUUGCAAGCCCGGCGGUCCUGUUGGGGGCUGGCAGCGAGCUGUUGCUUACCUUACCGCAGCUCCUGUCAGCUCCCUUCUCCUCCGUGCAGCUCCCCUGUCAGCUCCGUUCUGCUCCCAGUGUAAAUCUUGCGACACCCGCGGCCGUCAGAGCGUUGCCACGGGUUACCGUGGCAACGCUCCGCGCGGCACACAGACCAUGAGGUUUACACUGGGAGCAGAACAGAGCUGACAGGGGAGCUGCACGGAGGAGAAGGGAGCUGACAGGAGCUGCAGGACGGUAAGUAACAGCUCGCUGCUAGCCCCCCCACUGCACAGCCCAUCCACUGGACCACCAGGAAUUCACAUAGCCUCCCUCCCUGGCCAGGCAACAAGCAGGGAGGGGGGACAAAAAAAAUAAAAUAAAAUAAUACAAAUAUUAAAAUAAUAUUAUAAUAAAAUAAUAUUAAAAUAUAAUAAUAUUAAAAUAAUAAAAAUGCCCUCCAUUCACCCAGGUUACACACACUACACACACUGCAUUAUAUACACACACUGCAUUCACACAAACACACAUUGCAUUAUAUACACACUACAUUCAUACAAACACACACUGCAUUAUAUAAACAUACACACUGCAUUAAUUACAGUUGCAAGAAAAAGUAUGUGAACCAUUUGGAAUGAUAUGGAUUUCUGCACAAAUUGGUCAUAAAAUGCAUAAAGCUGGAAAAGGUUAUAAAAGUAUCUCCAAAAGCCUUGCUGUUCAUCAGUCCACGGUAAGACAAAUUGUCUAUAAAUGGAGAAAGUUCAGCACUGCUGCUACUCUCCCUAGGAGUGGCCGUCCUGUAAAGAUGACUGCAAGAGCACAGCGCAGACUGCUCAAUGAAGUGAAGAAGAAUCCUAGAGUGUCAGCUAAAGACUUACAAAAGUCACUGGCAAAUGCUAACAUCCCUGUUAGCGAAUCUACAAUACAUAAAACACUAAACAAGAAUGGAUUUCAUGGGAGGAUACCACAGAGGAAGCCACUGCUGUCCAAACAAAAUAUUGCUGCACAUUUACAGUUUGCACAAGAGCACCUGGAUGUUCCACAGCAGUACUGGCAAAAUAUUCUGUGGACAGUCGAAACCAAAGUUGAUUUGUUUGGAAGAAACACACAACACUAUGUGUGGGGGAAAAAAAAGGCACAGCACACCAACAUCAAAACCUCAUCCCAACUGUGAAGUAUGGUGGUGGGGGCAUCAUGGUUUGGGGCUGCGUCAGGGCCUGGACGGAUUGCUAUCAUCGAAGGAAAAAUGAAUUCCCAAGUGUAUCAAGAUAUUUUUCAGGAGAACUUAAGGCCAUCUGUCUACCAGCUGAAGCUCAACAGAAGAUAGGUGUUGUAACUAGACAAUGACCCAAAGCAUAGAAGUAAAUCAACAACAGAAUGGCUUAAACAGAAGAAAAUACGCCUUCUGAAGGGGCCCAGUCAGAGUCCUGACCUCAACCCGAUUGAGAUGCUGUGGCAUAACUUCAAGAAAGCGAUUCACACCAGACAUCCCAAGAAUAUUGCUGAACUGAAACAGCUCUGUAAAGAGGAAUGGUCAAGAAUUACUCCUGACCAUUGUGCACGUCUGAUCUGCAACUACAGGAAACGUUUGGUUGAAGUUAUUGCUGCCAAAGAAGGUUCAACCAGUUAUUAAAUCCAAGGGUUCACAUACUUUUUCCACCUGCACUGUGAAUGUUUACAUGGUGUUCAAUAAAAACAUGGCAACAUUUCAUUAUUUGUGUGUUAUUAGUUUAAGCAGACUGUGAUUGUCUAUUGUUGUGACUUAGAUGAUAAUCAGAUCACAUUUUAUGACCAAUUUGUGCAGAAAUCCAUAUCAUUCCAAAGGGUUGACAUACUUUUUCUUGCAACUGUAUAUACACACACUACACACACACACACUGCAUUAAUUAUAUACACACACUACACACAAACACACACUGCAUUCAUUAUAUACACACACUGUAAAUAAAUAUUCAAUUAAUCUACUUUUAUUGGGAUCUAAUUUUAUUUAGAAAUUUACCAGUAGCUGCUGCAUUUCCCACCCUAGGCUUAUACUCGAGUCAAUAAGUUUUCCCAUUUUUUUUGUGUGGUAUAAUUAGGGGCCUGAAGGCAUGGCCUGAAGUUGUGGGAGGGGUUAUAGACCUAUAAAAGGGACUCCCCCCUUUCCCUACUUACCUUUGUUGGCCAGACGAAUAGACUGUUCAAGGUCAGCAUUUGCAUGAGAUCCACUUCCAGGUCAUACAAGAUGCCAUUUUGGUUUCACUUCUGCUCCAUGAGGUCUCCUACUCCAAGCUGUGUCCAGGAAUCCUGCAGCAGGGCUUUCCAUUAAUCAAGUGGCUUUCUCUCCGGUCAGCAUCGCAUUUGGUGUCUCAGGGACUCUCAAACCGUAAGUUGACCCACCUGUCGCGCCAGGAUUAGUUCCCAUGGCGUUCAGCACAGCACAGGUCCUCACUUCACGGUUUCCUUUCGUUUUGCACGGUCAUUUCGUUACCUUAUACUCACCUAGCUGUUCAUUUAAAAUCUGUUGUUUAAAAUCUGUUUUGGUUAAAAUCUGUUCUGUCCUGUCAUUUGGUGUACUACAGGCUUCUCAGACAUUAUUGCAUUUCAUGUACAAACCAAUAAACCACUGCAUUUUCACCUACACACUGACCCCUACCGGUCAUUCAGUUUACUACAGGCUUCUCAGAUAUUAUUGCAUUUCAUGUACAAACCAACAAACCACUGCAUUUGCGCCUACACACUGACCCCUACCGAUCAUUCGGUGUACUAUAGGCUUCUCAGACAUUAUUGCAUUUCAUGUACAAACCAACGCACCACGGCAUUUUCGUCUACAUGCUGACCCCUACCGGUCAAUAAGUAUACUACAGGCUUCUCAGACUUUAUUUCACUUCAUAAGCAAACAUAAUACCAGGUACAUACACCUGCUCAUGUGGUAUAUACAUACAUUUUCUGUUUCCCCCUGUGUAUAUCCUUAGCGUACUGGCAAUUAGGGACUAUAGGUUUCCAAUAGGUAUUCUCCUUUCUUGGCAUCUACACCUGUCGUAUAGUGGUCCCGCGAGGCCAACACCCCGCCUUAACGCUUGGAGGCAAACACCCAUCGGGCCACUCGUGAGCUAGCCGCCUCGCAUGUUAUGUAGAGAGGGCCUCACAUGUCACUCCCUUCCCCUUUUUUUCUGGUUACAGUCACCGAGAGGCCAACAUCCUGCCACUAUGUUUGGUGGCCACAAAAAUCCCCUCGUGCCAUUGCAUAGAUAGAGCCUCUCAAGCCACUUGGCAACUAGCAGGGCCUCACCUGUCCCAAAACAAAAGAUUAAUUGUUUGGCCAUGCGGCUUUAGCUAGCAAGCCAGUACUAGCACACCGUCGGUUCAUAUAAUAAUGGCUAUCUUCAUGUUUUUAGUAUGUAUCAAGCAGGUGGUAAGGAUUUCUCUCUACCUAACACUCCAGCUAGAGUCAACACACUUUCACUUUGAGAAGAUGUUGCUAGUCCCACACGACAAUUUUGUCCCAACACAGCGGACGAUCACGUUUCAGGCUCCAGGUUCUAGCACUUCUGGUAGUACGUAGAGAACUACCAGAGACAAAUUGGGUUAUCUCAUUCUCUUUGGCAAAUCCCAGAUUUGCAACAAUUUCCAUGUUGGCACAUGUAGUUUCAGUGCAUGCAGACUAUUGCAGAUAUGUUCUCAAUAUGUCAGGGCACAUGCAAACCAUGUGUCCCAAUAAAUGUACCCUGAACCUUACUUCACGUCUGUAAACAUUAUGCAUUUCCAGUACUUUCUAACUCAUCACCCUUCCAGACAUUUAGUUGAUUUCCUAAUCUCUGAAUUUUAAAGACCUUCCGUACAGGUAAUGCCAUAUACUUUUGGGGGAAUCUAGAAUGCCCUAACUUGCAGUCAUCACAGCAGCAUCCAACAGCUGGCAUUACACUCAUGGCCCAAGAAAUGGCAGAAAGAUUUCUACCUGGGCCUCUCCGAUCUACACCAUUUACAGCGUGGCGCAAUCCCAUUGGGAUUGUCACAGGGAAUCUUCCCUCACACUGUAACUGAUCAUAGACUUAUCUGCACCUCAUGCCUCGGCUACCCCAAGUCUCAACUCCUUCAUACCCUCCGAGGAGUUUUCAUUACAGUAUGCCACCAUUGUUCAUAACAUUACAGCUAUCACUCAAGCGGGAGGGGGGGUGGGAAGCCUGGUUAAGUAAAACUGAUAUCACAAGCGCAUUUCAGACUGCCACCAUCCACCCUACACUGGCACUUACAGGGCAUGUAUGGGCAGCAGUUAUAUAUUUCUUCUUCCGCUUAACUUUCGGGUCAAGAGCAGCCCACAAUCUUCAAUAUAUUCGUUGAACUCUUUGCUGGUUUUGGUUAAACAUAUCCAGAUGCCCCACAGUCAUACACUCACGAAAUGAUUUCUUAUUGGUCAAAGGGAACGCCUUUCCCUUUAGAAGCUUUAAGGAAGCCAUUUGUAUGUCUUGGGUGUCCCAGUAUUCCCUAAGGUCAGAUAGCUGGUUUGAUGUUUCACCACUUAUGGCCUUCGCCUCUGUUUGCCACCUUAAGUUAAAAAUUCUUGCACAACACAGUUAAACUUAUCUCACAGGCAUUCAACACUAUACGUAUUUCUUCUUCCCAAACAACAAGGGUUCCUAUACUCCUACCCCAUCCAUACCUUACUUAGAGACAUAGCCAAGCGAACGUUCCCGCUAAACUAAAUACUGGCCAUAGACAUACAAUGUUCAAACCAUGUCACAACUACUCGACCAUGCACCUUCCGAGCCACGCACCAAGGCAGUUAUCAAAACCUGCUACCUAUCUAGCCUUUAACGACUUCCUCAGGCCAAAAAAUAACUCCCUAUCAGAGGCCAACAUCAUAAACAACAGUGCCUGUUGACCUCUUAUCUUCUAAAACACACAGACCACUAUGUCCAGUCUCUUCCUAAAGACGAGUCAGAUGGGCGAGCCAGUGCAUAUAACCUACUACCUUACAAGCAAUGCUGGGUGCCCAGUUAAGGUACUGGUUGCGUUCUUGGGCACGCCACCAUAUGCACCACUGAACCAUUACUGUCGCUGUAUGAUCCUGUCCUUACCACAGGUAAGUUCAUGCACUAUGUCCACUCAUUCACCGGGCUCGAAGUAAACCCUACCGACUACUCAGGGCACUCCUUUAGGAAAGGAGCAGCCUCCACGGCCUAUAGCCAAGACAUCCCCAUACAUGUUAAGACACGGGGCCGCCUGGAAUCAUAGGCUUAUGCAACUUACAUACCACAGCCGGUUCAGGAAUUAGGAAGCUUUCAUUAAAAUGUCUACCUGAUGGUUAACAAAUGCACUACAACCCAUCUUAUUCUAUAUCAUAUGAGAAUGCCCCAAACACAAAUAUAUAAUUUUCCACAGAGUGCAGUAGGCUUGCACUCAUUGGAGUCAAAGUCCACAUCUACUCAUUUACAUGUCAAACUGGGAACAUGAUUUCUUGUUCCUGUGCCCAAGAAAGACCCCUCAAAGUCCAACCUAAGAUAUGCAGGUGAUGCAUAGCAGUACAUUUUCUAUUUGCACUGUGGGGAGUUUUAUCGGAUUUGGUCUCACCACAAUCUUUUUGGUUCGUAGCAGUAUUUUACAGGAUACAAAGACAUUUUAGACAGUUAGAUGCUGCCAAUAGUUUGGGAAAGCCCGUAUUUUUAAAGCAUAACUGUGCACAAAGCUAUGUCCAUAGAGACAUGGUUUGAUAGUUUUUGGUGUGGAGAAACUCUAGCUGCCUGCUCAGAGCCCUGACCUCAAACACCCUUAGAAUGAACUGGAACUGCAAGUGAGACCUUCUUGUCCAACAACAGUGCCUUACUAUACAAGUGCUCUUUUGGUUAAAAGGGCACAAAUUCUAAGAUUCAAUCCCAAAGCUUUCCGGAAGAGUGACGGUCCAAGCCGCAGGAAUGGAGGUUUGGAAUGGGAUGUCCAACAAGUUCAUAUACGUGUGAUGGUAAGGUGUUCACAUAGUUUUGGCCAUGAAGUGCAGGUGUACAUUACACAAUAAUGCUUACAUAGGCUAUAACAUUCUACUUUAAAUAAUAAAAAUUAUUAAUUCAUUAACAAAAGGAUAGAUCAAAAGCAUUGGACUGUGGUUCAAACAUCUCACUAGCUGAAACAAGCUAUCUAGCUUAAAAGGGGUUGUGAGACUCAUCUGGUGUAACAGAUUACAUUGUGUGCCUUCAAAGUAACGCAAAAAAACAAUGUACACAUAUAUAACUUACAAUCGGACAGUGACUUUUUCCAAUCUGCUUUGAAGGCACAUGAUGUUCCCACUGGAGAUGGCCAUCUAAUUUUUGACUUGAGGAUUUGUCACUAUUUUGUGUUCUUUCACAUGUGUGGGAAUUAAAAGUCUGGACAUAACUUCUGGCACUCGUGAAUUGUGGGGAAAUAACACCUCCACAAUAUCUUCCACCAUUCUUCUUCCAAACUUUAUUUCAGUAUCUGAGGGUGAAAAGUCUGAAACUAUAACUGCUAUCAUUUCAUCUUGAAAGAAACAUUGCAACCACCGUAACCUUUCUAGUCUGCUGUAGUGGUUGUGGUGCCAGGAGUGCUCUGGUUCUUCCUAAAGUAAGUAGGCAAACAAUUUAAAGUGUCACUAUGGUCCCCAAAACAACUUUAGCUUAAUGAAUCAGUUUUGUGUGUAGAUUAUGCCUCUAAAGUUUCAUGACUCAAUUCACUACCAGUUAGGAGUUUAUGUGCAAUAAGUGUAAUAAGAUGACUCUUUGCAGGAAGUAUUUAGGAAGACUGUGUAGGUCACAUGCAGGGAGGUGUGCCUAUGGCUGCAUAAACAAAGUGAUUUAAAUCAUAAAUGGCAGAGAAUUGUGCAGAGAGAAUGCAAGGUCAUGAUCUAUACAUCAAAACUGCUUCAUUAAGUUGUUUUGGUGACUAUAUUUCCCUUUAACACCUGGGUCGCCACCUUCCCUGCUGCUGGAGCUCUGCCACUAAUUCUUGCUAUGGGAGGAUGUCAGGGGAUUCAUGACCACUAUAAUGUGCUGUAGGGGCUGUGGUGUUUUGAGUGUUUAUUUAAUAGCUUAUAUAUAUAUAUAGCAUUUGAACUGCUCUUUUGAGGAUAUUUUUUUUUUUUUUUUUUUUGCUAGCCCCCCCAAAAUAAAACUGCUGUAUGAGACCAAUUAUUUUGCCUGGUUUCCAGUAUAGCCUAUUCCUCCAAUAACUGCUUCUCAACAAUAAGAACUAUUCUUCAAUAUGGUACCCUUGAUCUCUGCAUUCCCUUAACCCCUUAAGGACACAUGACAUGUGUGACAUGUCAUGAUUCCCUUUUAUUCCAGAAGUUUGGUCCUUAAGGGGUUAAAGCAAACUCCAACUAGACAAUGAAGUUGUAAGCCUAAGACCCUCAAACUUUGUAAAUGUAUUAAAGGACCACUCUAGGCACCCAGACCACUUCAGCUUAAUGAAGUGGUCUGGGUGCCUGGUCCAGCUAGGGUUAACCCAUUUUUUAAUAAACAUAGCAGUUUCAGAGAAACUGCUAUGUUUAUGAAUGGGUUAAGCCUUCCCCCUAAUCCUCUAGUGGCUGUCUCAUUGACAGCCACUAGAAGCGCUUGCGUGCUUCUCACUGUGAUUUUCACAGUGAGAGCACGCAAGCGUCCAUAGGAAAGCAUUGUAAAUGCUUUCCUAUGCGACGGGCUGAAUGCGCGCGCAGCUCUUGCCGCGCGUGCGCAUUCAGCCCAGGAGGAGGAGAAGAGGAGGAUCGGAGGAGGAGAGCUCUCUGCCCAGCGCUGGAAAAAGGUAAGUUUUUAACCCUUUUCCCCUUCCAGAGCCGGGCGGGAGGGGGACCCUGAGGGUGGGGGCACCCUCAGGGCACUAUAGUGCCAGGAAAACGAGUGUUUUCCUGGCACUAUAGUGGUCCUUUAAGAAAAAAAAAAGUUCACUGUUGUGUUUCUACUAGUUUUGUGCACACAAGCAUUUGUAAUUUAAAGUAUCUGUAUACAUUAAACAUCAAGACUGUAUAAGCUUCUUUACCUUUCACAAAAAAAUCAGCCUCUUUGACAGUGGCAGAAUAAUUAAUUGUAAAGGAGUAUUUUUUCAUUUUUAUUUUUUCGUGUGUCCGUGUACUCGUCCCCAGCAUGAUCCGUACUCCACAAUUGACAAUCUACUGCUCAACGGGAAUGGAAUGGCCAAGUUCCUCCAAUCAGAGAUUAAUAGGAUCACUUGGUCUGACCAUGCCGAUAUCAUGGUAACCCUCUGCAAACUUAAAUAUUCCUCUAACUGGACCUGGAAACUAAAUACUAACCUUCUCAAUGAUGAGGAAAUAUGCCAUUAAACGAGUGCGGUAAUUAAAGCAUAUUUUGCCCAGAAUGACAUUCAUGCAACAAAUCAAGCUGCAAAAUGGGCAGCACACAAGUCUGUUUUAAGGGUGCCCUUCAUAAAAGUAGCCACUUGCAAAAAAUUUUUUUUACAAAAUACUCAAUUCAAAGACGUGCAAUCUGCUUUGAGGAAAGUGGAACGGCAACACAAAACCGGUCCUAUAGUCUCUCUAAAUUAAAUGAACUAAAUACAUUUAGGCACUCAAUCAAAGAACUAUCGCUCGAGGGAGUAGCCUGCUCUUUAUUUUGGUUCAGACGCAUGUUCUAAGAAAAGUCAAAUAAGAUUGAUACCCUUUUAGCUAGAAAUCUGCGACCUAGAAGCAGAUUUAGUUCAUUACCAAAAUUCGUACUAUAGCAGGUAAUUCUGACGUAAACACAUCACAUUCCUUUUAAACUUUCAAUUAUAACUUUCUGAAAUCCGUCCUCUAUAAUCACAUUGGCCCUAUCACCACUACCAAGUGGCCAGUUCAUAAAUGCACUACACAAAUUACAUUAAACAGCAAUAUUCUUUAGUGCAACAAUGAAUUAUCCUUAGCGUGACAAUUCCAACAUGCCAUCAGACAUCAUCCACACGUACAAGGGGUGACUAUAGCUGAACGUCCGUUCAAGGUGAUGUACUCACUCUGACUAACCCACUAUUCUCCUUUAGAACAACUGACUAAAUUGUUUGAUCACUAUGGCAACCUUUUAGGUUAUAAAGUCAAUCAAACAAAAUAUAGGGCCAUGCCCCCGGACGUAGCACUGAUCCAAAGCAAGUCUCAUCUACAAAUUUGUACCAAGACACUUGCAUAUCUAGGAAUACAGCUUACGACUGAUCAUAUCAAACAAUGUAAGCACAAUUUCCCUCAGCUGUUCCUUUCCUUAAUCAGGUCUUGGAACAUUGGAUGGAUAGACCAAUUAUUAACUCAAUAGAUUAGCCUCCCCAAUACUCUAAAACAGGGCUUUUCCACUCAGGAUGAGAUCCAGAGACUUUAGGGGUACCGAGUACACAGAUCUCCAAAGAUACAUUCACCAAUAUGUGGAUAAUGACAUAGUCACUUACAAUAGGUUGAAAGAAAGUGCCCAACUUCAGACAAGGGACUGCUUUCACUACCUUCAAGGGGACAAGGGGUUCGUGCAGCAGCUAUGACCUUUUUUGAGAAAAUGUGCUUUGAGUAGAAGCCUCCAGUUGGCUUGUUCUCACUCUCAACCAUAACCUUAGCAGCGAGCCUGCAGAGUGGGGGGUUUGAGAUACACUGACCAGUGGGAGAAAGACCUGGAUGAUGUGCUUGAGGACACAGAUUGGGAGGAAAUUGCAAAAUCCUCCAUUUGUGUAACUCUUCAAGAGCAAUCAUUUUAAAGCAUUAUUUAGCUAGUACACCUCAGUGAAACAAUCUCACAUGAGAUUGAGCACCACUGACACUUGCUGGAACCUGUAUGGUGAUAGAGGCAGUUAUAUUCACAUGUGCUGGACUUUUCCCUACAGUCUGAGACUUCUCAAACAGGGUGGUGGACCUGGGAUCCAAGAUCCUAUAAAGAUGGUUAGAUGUUAAUCUUUGGGCUUGUCUCCUCUCUAAACCCACCGAAGGCCUACCCAAACAUGAACAGAAACUAAUCUAAACAGCCAACAACCUGAAAAGAGGUCAUGAAACAUAUAGACGAGGCAAAGACUACUGAGGAUUACAACACCUCUAGAUAACAGUGGAAACUACAAUAAAAAACUAAGAAUAUAGCAGAGUGAGCAACUGCAAAUCACCUGACCAUAGUUAACGCAAUCGACAAACUGCAAUUACCAUGCAACAAGCUCUGUAAGUAUUAUAAAUCUAAAUUCUACUAAGUCUAGAGACCUGUGAGUCUAAUCUACUACUACUUCUUUGGAGAUCUGCAUAUCUCAAAUCACCAAACGAGACUUUGAAUGACUGAAACCUGCGUGUUUCGCACUGCUCACAGACUAAAUGUGUUUUGUUUAACUUGAAACUAUCUCAAUAAAAUAAAAUGAUAUAUUUAAAAAAAAAAAAGUAAUCAGCUGCCCGUAGAGCUCUCGCACAGAGGUGGGUAACCCCGGAAUUGUCUAUACUCACAAUGGUUGUAACAAAGAUCAGGUACAAUUACUUUAUUGGUAAAUUAACCUUUACAGGUUUUGAAAUUCUAUUAAGCCCUUUUAAAAAGUAUGGGACCUAUAGGAGCAAUAAGAUACGUAAUAAGUAGUGAUGUCCCGAACUGUUCGCCGUUCAUUGAGUAAACUUUGACCCUGUACCUCACAGUCAGCAGCAGACCCUCCCUCCCAGACCCUCCCACCUCCUGGACAGCAUCCAUUGUGAAGCUGCAUUCUUAGUGAGCUGUCCAGGAGGUGGGAGGGUCUGGGAGGGAGGGUCUGCUGCUGAUUGGCUGGAAUGUGUCUGCUGACUGGGAGGUACAGGGUCAAAGUUUACUCAAUGAUGAGUCCGCGGCGAACCGUUCGCUAACAGUUCAGGACAUCACUAGUAAUAAGUUGUCGUACUUCCUCACACUACUCUGAUAAACAAGAUGGAGGGCAUGGAAUUCUGUUGUCUUCCAGUGUCAUAGGGUUGUUUUGCAGUUUUGUUUUUUGUAGUUGUUGUCCUUUAAUCAUGUCGAUAUGCCAAUCACGUUUUUUCCUACUCAUAUGUCAAACAUACCAAGUACCUAUCACAGUGUAUACAACUUUCCUCCUGAUUACAAAUCUGUUCAUCUAGCUAACCACUUUUUCUCAUUAAAGCGAGACACUAUGGCACUCUUAUCUCCCACCUAUAGAUAUAACUCUUAUUGUAUUAGCUAUGCUGUACGUUGGAUAUAAGCUUCUUGUAACAUGGCAUUCUGUGUUAUGAAAGUUUUUAUUAUUGUAAACCUUUCUUUUGGCAAGCACAUAUUGUAUUACUGACAAUAUAUACAUUUAAUCUGCUUGUCAUUAAAGAAAGAAUUUUAAAUAAAAAUAAAUUGAACACCAAUACUUUUUAUGAAUACACACAAUCACAAUACUGUUUGAACAUGUAAAGAACCCUGCUUUUAUGUUUUGGAUAGUACUCCAGAUGCUUUAAAGGAACACUAUAGAGUUAGGAAUACAAACCUGUGCCUCUUUCCCUAGUUAUAUUCAGGUACCCAGCUGAGACUCGCUCAGUGCUGCGGGCCUCUCUCCGCCUCCCGCAAUGUUAUCAAGACGGCAUGACUUUCUAUGGCGAUGGUCGUCCUUGAGAUGAAGUGGUCUGGGUGCCAUGGAUAAAGUGUUAAAGUUGCAUCUGUGUUUUAGUAUUUGAUUAUCCUAACAAUAAGCUUGUUAAUAUUGAAUUGUUGAAUGCAAAUGUUCUUAUUCCGCUGAAGGCUCAUUCAUAUAUAGGCUGAGCCAUAACCUUUUCCCCUAGUAACACAAGCAACCUUUGUCUGACAGUGUGAACAUUUAUCACAUUGUCAUUUUUAUCAGUGGAAAGGACUUUUAAUAUUUUCUACUAGUAAUUGGCAGAUAAAACCUUGUAACCGAGUUAUUUUUUUAAAUUUAUUUUCUCUUUCUACAGAGUUUGCUACAUAUAAUGGAAAUGGAAUACAUGGGUCAUAUAAUGUGAUGGAUUUUCUUGAUGUACCAGGGGUGGGAACAUAUGAGGAUUUUAAUACAAUCGACUGGGUGAGAGAAAAGUCACGUGACCGAGAUCGGCACAGAGAGGUGAGACCAGAUUUAUACCUUCAGUAUGUAUGUAUUUGUAUAAACAGAUGUAUCCUUAUUUGUGACAUUAUAACUUCUUACUAACUUAAAAUGAUUUACUAUUUUGAAAAAAUAUUUUAAUAUAUUGAUAUUAUUGCUAUACUGAUAUUUUACAAAAAAAGUUAACGUUUAUCCUGAUAUAUGAAAUUGUUGUUGUGGGCUGCAGCUUGUUACCAGAAUUGUUAUACUGAUUAAAUAUAACUGGAGGUGCACUGGUUCACCGGUCACAGUACCAGAAAGUGAGAUGGCAGAUGGAAAGUGUAGGCCAGAAUUGCCAGCACAGAAUUAUAUGGGUUAAUAAGCUACAUUUUUGUACUUUAUAAAAUGGGGCAUUUCACUUUAUAAAAUGCCAGUAAUGCAUUAUGGGAGAUGUAGUCCAAAACAUUUAGAGUGCCGAAGGUUGCCUACCCCUGCGUCUAAACCAUUUGGGAGCAGAAUAGACAUUGAUAAUGUGGAAGUGUAAAUACUAAUUUAAAAAGGGGGAAAUGUAGAAUCUGCUGCAGAAAGGUGUAAUUUUUUGUUGUGUUUCCCCCUCCCCCCCCCCAGACCAUUACAUGUAGUGAACGUUGCACUAUGAUGACUACACUGAACUUUGUAGUGCUUCUAUAAAUAAUGACAUGCCAUACAUCUAAUGGAGCAAAAAUGAAAAAGCACUGUAGCUUAAAGGUUGGACUUGUGUAGGAAAAACAAUUUUUUAACAUUAAAUAAAUCCUCUCAGAAUAACAAACUGUAAUUUAUCUUGAACUGCAAAAAUAAUUCUUAUGCAGUAUUCUGUAUGUUAAAGCGGCUAUGUAACCUUCUAGCGUCUCUGCGUAUUGUAUUCGGAUGGUAAUGAGGGGCAGAGGAAUGUAGUUUUUAUUUAUCUGAACUUAUGUCUCCUAGCACCGCUAUCUUUGUUCUUGAGAUCCUCUUAAGCACCUAGCACUUCAACUGCCAGAAGCUUACCACAGCACAGUCCUCUCUCACACAUGCGUGAAAGUACAACACUGAUAUCUAUGGAGGAUCCGCAAGACCGUUUGAUCCUACGUAGAAAGAGUCUUUUUGCUAUGAGCAAUCCCUAGUAACGACUGAGGGCUUGACAAGAGGUAGCUCUGUAUAAGACAAAAUAGUCCCUUUUGGCUUGGUUGGAAUUUCUGUGAAAAUUCUUCAAACACUGUCUUGAAGAGCAUUUCAUAAAAAUGGUCUCUUUAUGAAAUUCUCAAAACAUAUUUUUGGCAGGGAGGGAGGGUGGGGGUGCUUUACCUGUGACUCCUUUGUCUUAUCUUUCCAUUUUGUAAACCCUACUGUCAGUGUAUAUGAGUAUAAUGCUCACACUACAAAAAGGGGAAUACAUCAUGCAGGGUGCUCCAGAAAGGGAGACCUCAAAUGGAAGAAAAGAUAACUAUCCAGGCACACCUGAGUAGUGAUGUCCCGAACUAUUUGCCGAACGGUUCGCCGCGGACUCAUCAUUGAGUAAACCUUGACCCUGUACCUCACAGUCAGCAGACACAUUCCAGCCAAUCAGCAGCAGACCCUCCCACCUCCUGGACAGCUCACUAAGAAUGCAGCUUCACAAUGGAUGCUGUCCAGGAGGUGGGAGGGUCUGGGAGGGAGGGUCUGCUGCUGACUGUGAGGUACAGGGUCAAAGUUUACUCAAUGAACGGCGAACAGUUCGGGACAUCACUACACCUGGGCUGUCUUCUAAAAAGCAGAAAAAACAUUUUUAACAAUAAACUGGAGACAAUGUUGCUGCUCCUCUCUGAGCCUUUAUCAAGGGUCAUAUUGCAUCAGUGCAUAUUUUGUUGACCCUUUACCUUAAAUAUAAAAAUGAGUGGCAAGAUUGUCUAUUACAUCUUGUCCCUAUCUCAACGCAUUGAGGCUUACUUGUAUUUCAUGAUUACCACCCAAAACAUUGAUUGGCAAACAAGUGAGUCAUUUGCACCCUGUAAAGCAAAUGUAAUUGUCAAUAAUUGUACAUUUGUAAUAUUAUUAUUAUUUUUGAGUAAUGGUAUUACACAGCUUUUUCACUAGCGCUUGAAGGCUGAUGCUUUCUAGAAAUCCUUUCUUAUCACACUAGAAUUUGCUGUUAGUUUCCCUGUGGUUAAUAUGCUAUGUGAUUAUAUAUAUAUAUAUAUAUAUUUUUUUUUUUUUUUCUUCCUAAGAUCCUGAGUAAGAGUAAAGAGUCCACCUGGGCACUUUUGCACAGUGUCAGUGAUGCCUUCUCUGGAUGGUUGCUUAUGCUACUUAUUGGCCUUUUUGCAGGUAAGGUAUUACAAUAAACUGCAAUAAUUGAGGGAACUAUUUUUUAAAAUGUGUUGGAAUUCCAUUUAUUAACCAGACUCCACAUCUCACACUUCAUAAUUAGAGUUGGUUCACAGAGCAGUACUGAAUAACCUUCAAAGUUCCAUUUACAGACAUUAACCAAUUCUGUUGAAUAGGGUUCGCUAUAUAAACUUGUUUUUUAAAAAAAAUACAUAUAUAUCUAUCUCAAGCUGAUGGUCCACACUCGCGGUCUUUAUAAAAUAUAGCUUUUAUUGAUUUCAUGUAAAAGGAAGAAUGCCAAAAAUUCAUCAACGUUUCAGUCCCAGUUCGGGACUUUCCUCAGGACAGCAGAUAGAUAUUUAUAUGUUCUUUUGAGCAACACUUUAAAAAAAAUAAAAAAUUCUGGGAGAUGAGUCCAACUAUUCUUACUCUUGUUAAUAGUAAAAGUGUAGGGGGGCAUGGCACAGGAUCCGACUGAAAUGGCCGCCUGAACACAGUGCUCUGCACCACACACUUGCUAAAACAAGCGAGUCAGCGCAUUAAUUGAAACCCAAUGGGUUGCAAAAAGCGUUUGGAAUCUCCACAAAUUUCCAGGAGUACUAUGCCAGUGUUACAGACGGGCCUGAUGGCUGAAUUUGUCCAAGUGCCUGUGGGACCUGGUCCCAAACGUCUAAGUUGGCGCCUACCUCUCUGGCUUCCACUAACUCUGUGUCGGAGUACACCACCCUGGCUGAUAUUGGAGCUGAUGUAAAACGGAUGGCAAUGUCUAUGGUCAACCAGGAUGACCUACAGCAGCUGCCUCUCACCUUAUACAAAACGAUCACAAUGGAGGUCACAGGCUUUAAAACCGAGGUUGUGGCUCAAGAAACCUGAAUUUUUAUCCUGGAGCAAAAUUCCCAUUCCACCGAGGAAAGAACAGAGGACCUGGACAACCGUGGCCACCGAUGUAAUAUAUGGGUGUGCAAGGUGCCCAAGGCUCAGAAGGGAGAGGAUGUGGAGACCCAACUGACUUACUCUUUCUCAUAAUCCUCCGUGAGGAGACACCCGGACAUAUUCGGUUCGAGCAAUUUUUGUGCACUACGACAAAGGCACCCAGGGACCUUAUCUGUUGCCUGCAUUCAUGCCCUGUGAAUGACCUGAUCAUGAGAAAAGCCAAAUCUGUAAAGUUCACUAGGGAACCCUAGCUUGCAGACAGGACAGAGUGGAGAAAAUUGCAAUACCGAUCCCUAGAAUGGUCGGUAUACGCAAAAAGGGAUAGUCAAAACACUAGCCGAGGUCAAGGGAAAUAGAGAGACCGAAUAACGAGAGACAAAGCCAAAUAUCAGUAACCAGGAAAUCCAAAUAACAAGUGCAACGCUCAAUGAUAAACCAAAGGCCACAACAGGGCACUGAGGCAAGGGAGAGGCUGGCUUAUAUACUGACAGGGUGUGUCUGAUUGGCUAACCUAGAAUUAGUGUUAACCACAACACGUGGGAGGAGUUUCUUCUCUCACUUGUGGACUCUGAGGUCAUCGCUGUGUGCCAGGUCACAUGACAGAGUGCAGCACACAUAUAAGGAAGCUGCUCUGGAGUGUGCAGAGUCAGUGUCACACUGCCAGUCUGGAGACCGGGACCAGAUGACGCCGCUUGCUGUGAUGAGGUAAGCAAGGACGCCGCGUGCCGGCGGGACGGUGUCCCAGCUCAACGCAUUCUGAGGAGUGAUCGCGGUGUUGCUCAAUUCCUCUGUCGCCGCGCCCAGACCCACAAUUGGGGUUAUUCAUAGUGGUAAAGCCUGGGAUUUCUGCUCUGGGGUAAGCCUGGGAGUUGAUGGACUCUGCUUUCUCCUGUACCCAUUUUGCUUUGGGGCACAUGCCUAACUUCCUGCAGUGUAGGGGAAACGCCACCGGGGCAAAGUUCUGACUGGCCGCAUAUGUGGUCCUAGCCCAAAAUGGUUCCAGAUCAUUUGUUGCUUUUGCCGGUCAACUUUCGGGAGCUUCGAGAUCCUCUGCUCUACACUUGUAAGUGUUCCCUUCUGAAGUUUUUAAUACCUUUUUUUUAAAUUUACUGGGCGUUAUUGCCCUAUGAGGUUGUUGUCCUUUUUAACAUGUGUACCUUCUAUGUGGAGUCAACUUAUACCAAUGUAAAUUGUGUGUAAGUAAAAUGUGGCAUGUUACACUACUGUUUUGCACAAGAAUUGAAGCACUUUAUUGUUAUCUCUUUAUUGCACUGGUGCACAUUUAUUUUUGCACUUCGAUAUAUGUAGCAAAUAAUAUUUAUACACGUCUUGAAGACAAAGCUCACCUUAUUUGUUUUUAAAAUUGUACUGAGUGUUCUUUUGGGUUUAUACACUGUGUGAGGUGCAUCUUCAUUUUAAUGUUUAUUUGGUCUGCGUAUUAGCGCCAUUGUUACUUGAAUUUGUCUGUUUACCAUGACAGUCCUUCAAUACCCUGUCAAACAAACUUUUAAGUGGUGGUCUGCCACAAUGAGCAUUGAAAUUCCUGGGUAGAACGGGAUACGUCGCGAUUCUAAGGUUUUUGACUUCCAACACAUAUACAAACUUUUUCGCUACUCGUCUCUGCAGCACUUCUACAGUUCACUUCUUCUCUGCAUAGGGAUCUAACUUGGUUCGAUGGGUUAUGCAAAAGAGAAUCUGAUCUAGAUGGGGCUAGAUUUCUCAUUUGCUGGUUGGAGGAUUGGAGAACAAACAAACCUUUAAAAGACAAUGUAAAAACCAUUACGGGCACAAUGUUCACUGGACUCUAAUGGGACAAAAUAAUGAUCCUUCAGCACAAAUCCUCGAUUAGCACGCACUAUCAAGAGGUAAUUUAUAAGCUUAUUUGCUAUAGUACAAAACUCCAGAGCUACUACACAAAAUAUUCCUAGGCGUUCUGGCAACAUGCUGGAGAUCCGAAGAUGGAAUGAUUAGAAAUAUUUGAUAGGACUGCCCUCCUAUAAUUCCGUUCUGGGACAUGGUCAAAACCUAAAUAACUGACAUUCUGAGCGAAAUGCGUCCGUUAACAAUAGAACAAGUGCAGCUGCAUGCCACACCCUCACUGAUCUCAAAAAAUAGAAUAAAAAAAAAAAACUUUUUAAGACACCUUCUUAAUACUGCCAAAGCACUAGUGUCUGCCCUCUGGAAACAGACCCAUACCCUCACAAAGGAGCAAUGGUUUGAUAGGGUUGAAGAUAUCCUGUCUGCCAAAGCAAUUCAAGCAUCCCUAACUGGAUGUGAUGCAAGGCAUACUAAAAUGUGGCAAUCUUGGAUAGAAUUUGUUGCAAGGAGACAUGCACAGAUUGGGGGGAUACAAUAGAGGGUCCUGGGGAUCGCGCUACCUCUCUGUCUUCUAUGUUCCUCAACACACUCUCCUUUUGUCUUCAGACUUUUUAUGAUGAGAUCCCAUUGUAAGGGUGACCGCAACCUCACUGACACUUCACUCUAGGUUACGAGACAGAUCUUGAUCAAGGGGGACGUGAGUGGAGGUGUAGUGACAUUGGUGCUGAGUGGAUUGGGAGACACGGUUUCGGCUGGCAACAACUAGCUUAACAUACUUCUGAACAUGAUGGAGACAUGGUUCUGUUGUAAGAUAAUGAGCUUGACAUAGUACGAUUCCUAACUAUUACUUACUCUUACGCUCAUAUUGCUAAAUGAUCAACAUUAGUCUCCGGUAUGCUAUUAUACUAAUCCACUUAUUGUAGCUUGGAUGUUCUAAUCACUUACCUACACCUUCAGGUUCGCUGAGACUGUAUUAUGCCUGGAUACCUUGAGCUGACUUAUUUUUAAGUUGUUCCAGGCCGCCUACGUGCAUGAUGUGGAUGCUGCCUAGUGUGCCUAAGCGCUCUCCCUCACCUGAGACAGGGAAUACAGUAUUGUCUAAUCUCAGUUAUGAUUAUGACAUAAAGCUAUAUUAGCCUAUAUAACAACCCAUGGGGCUCCCUAUCCCCCUGACACCGACUUGAUUUUGGCAUGGAUAAUACUGUGGUUCAGUAAAAUCUGUAUGUCAUCUUUAUGGUCAGUGAUUCAUAGGUUACAUUAGGUCCUGCGAGGCCCCCUUUUUACUCUUUAUCCCUUUUCUGUGUACAACAAGAACUGCUUCAAUAUUUAAACCUGUUUUUAUUAAACAUUAACAUUGGUUUUAGGAUAUUCACAUUGUGUUAGCCUACAUUUAAUGUUUAGUAGCAAAAAAACAGCAUGUUUAUAAAUCCUGAAAGUGUGAUCAAUCCAUUUACUGUCUCUGAAGGGAAAUUGUCACUUCCCUGGAAAUUACACAACUAAAUAAAAUGAAGACUAACCGAUUUAAAAAUAAAGAAAUAAAAAUGUCCUUGUGAUUCUACUUUUUAUUUUAAAUAUCCAUAAAGAUUCAGUGCUUGAUGUAACAAUCCAAUUUAAUCUAGGUAUAGCCAGGGCACACAAUACAUUGGAUGAGGAGACAUAAAAACAGUACUCCUGUUUCUCCUUUUCUCUGUAAAGCAUAACAAUGAUUAACAAGGAGCCAACCUUUUCACAAAUGUGUUAAUUAUAGAGAUUAACACCUUAUUAAAAUCCCUGUGAACUGAUGGUUCCCAUUUCAAACUGUUAUGGGCAAAUGCAAAUAUUACAAGUUUUAGAAUGAAAUAUUGUAUUUCUUAAACUGUGUACUUUGUCUUUUAGAGAUAUUGCAAAUUGACAAGGUGUUAGAAAUGGAACAUAUUGUUUUUCAUAGCUGUUUCUUUAAGCAAUAACCUCAGUGCAUAAUAUGUUUGUGCCAUUUUGUCCCAGACGAAUUACAAUAACAAUAAUGCAUAAAAAAGCUUCAAGGCUAUACUACGACACUUGCAGUACAUAAUAUAUGGUGGUAACCCCAAGUUAAUGGAACUUCCCCAAACCCGGGAAUCUCCCACGACUGUACACUUACGACUUAGUAUAAACAACAGAUAAACUAUUCAGACUUUAAGAUGCCAUCUUGAACUAAGUCAGGAAAAUUUCCAUGACGUAUGCACCCUUUAGUUAUGGCCUUGUAUGUUUGCCAAGUUAAGGGAGGUCCUAAAUUGAAUAAAGUAAAAGAAGUGUUACUUUUUCAUAUUUGAACUACGGUAACCCCAAAAUGGAGACACCUAAGGUAUAAAUAGGUGUACUUUUAAAUGUUAAGAAACAGAGGAGAGGCUUGGAGACAGACGCUGCUUCAUCUUAAAAUGACAGAGAGGCUGACAUGAUGACAUGUUCAGAAGGGUAUGUUAACCUAUUAAUGAUAUUUGCAAGCAUGGAAUUUAAUCUUAUAAACUCUGCUAUAAUGGAUUUUAUAUUUUUAUAUAAUAAAUAUCCAAAAAGACAAAACUAUUGCUUCCAAGACAAUCCUUAUUUUAUAUUGCAUUCUCAAUUAUUUAUAUAUGUUAAAUAGAGGAUCUCUUACACUAAAUAAAAUUAUGGCUAAGAUAUCUGUAUGGUUAGCCCUACUAAGUUCUAUGCUUUAAGACAUUAUAGUGGUAAAUAAGGGAACCACCUGCGGUUACAAAACAAGAUUCAUUUAGUGUUGUGUAUGUAUACUGUUAUUACCUCAGGAAGUUUAUGGAUUUUAAGAAGAAAAAAAAACCUUUUCAGUAAAAAGUAUUUAUGCAUAUUUUUUAUGCUCUUUCACCCCUUCUAUUUGUAGGCUCUUUAGCAGGCUUAAUAGACAUCUCCUCUCAUUGGAUGACAGACCUUAAGGAGGGUAUUUGUGUAGAUGAGUUCUGGCUAACCCAAGAACAGUGCUGUUGGAAAUCAGAAAAUGUGACCUUUGAAAACCCAAAUGACUGCCCAAAGUGGAGGAGCUGGUCACAACUCUUACUCAACCAAAGUGAGGUAAGGUGUGCUAUUCAGAAUCAAUAAUGGUAUUUUAAGAACAAUUUCCAAAAGGAUUUUAAAUGCUAAGGUAAAGUAAGUAAUAAAGUAGUGUAACUGUAGAAUGCAUUGGGUUUAUUCCCAAAAUAAUUAAUUGAAAACUGAAUUGCAUGCCUGAAAAUAUAUUCCUGAUACUCUAUUCAGAAUACAUGCAUUCAUUAGUCAAUCUAGUUUCAAAAAAAUAAUCCAAAUUUUUGCUAAUAUUAAAGGAACACUAUUGUGUCAGGAACACGAACAUGUAUUCCUGACCCUAAAGUGUUAAAGCCACCAUUAAGGUGGCUUGCCCCCUUAAAAGGGUAUGAAAACGUAUCUUAUUUCCAUGUCCCGAUGCUUGCCUCCUUGGUUGAUAUCAUCAGAAUUGAUGAUCUCAGCCAAUCCAAUGCUAAACCCAUAGAAAAAGCAUUUGAUUGGAUGAGAUCGUCAAGGGAGCCAAAUGCUGGCUUUGCCAAACAGCAUCCGCUAAUGGAGAUGCAUUGAAUCUGAGGGGUGACCACUGGAGGUGUCCCUAGGCUGUAAUGUAAACACUGCAAUUUCUCUGAAAAGACUAUAGUGUCCCUUUAAAGAAGAAGAAAAAUUGUCAAAGUCCAUCUAUGUGGGUAAAAUGAGGCCAACUCAAUUUUUGCUAUAAAAUAUGCCUUUUUUUUUUUUAAAUAAAUAAAUCCUUGAAUUUUUGUAUUUCCCUCAUUGAGUGCCAGGAAUAUUGUCCUCUGCUAGUGGUUGUAUGCAGGGCUUCUGCUCGGUGCCUUGGGUCACCACUAACACUUUGAGCAUCUAUGGAUUUCCCUGAACAAUAUAUUGUACAGUGCUUAAUCUAUUGCAGGUUACUCAAUGUUUUACGGUAGAAACCCAUUACUACAGUUUUAUUUUAUUGUGUAUAAAUAUAUGUUCUACAGUUGCAUUUAUUUUCGAGACACAGUUGGGGGGCGGGGGUUCAGAAAGAUGCACUUAGGUUGAAGUUGCCAGCCUCCAAUUUAUCAUUCCUUUUCUUUUUCACACAGGGCGCUUUUCCCUACAUCGUGAAUUACAUUUUGUACAUUUUGUGGGCUCUCUUCUUCUCCCUUCUUGCUGUUUUGUUGGUCCGUAACUUUGCUCCAUAUGCCUGCGGUUCAGGGAUCCCUGAAGUAAGUAAUCUUUCUGUGACGGAAAUUAAAUUAUUAAAUAAGAAAUCGAUGAUCUUCCCUCUUAACCGAAGGGUUUAAUUCUUUUUUUUUUUUCUUUUUUUUCUUUUUUCAUAAGUAAAAUAUCACAGCAACAAAAUAUUUCUAUAUCCCAUAGCAGUUGAAAUAAUACAUGUUUAUUAAAAAGAAUGUUCAAAUCAAAUGGCUGCAUAGCUUCUGGUUCCCAUGUUGUAUCACCACAGUCUACUAGCUGGUGACAUUUAAUAUGAUUCUUACAGUUUAACCGUUAUAUGUAAAUCUUACAAAAUGUGACCAGGCAGUACUCCACUCCUUAUGUAUUUCCUAACAUAGAUGUCAACCAUGCUAGUUAAGUAUUUAUUUAUAUCCUGAUAAUGGCCUAAUGCAGUAUAUUAUGACGACUGAACAUUGUGCAGCUUCUGUUUAUUACUGUUAUGAAGACUGUCGUGAAGAAACGAGUGAUGAUUAUUUCAUUUAUUACCUUUCUCAUGUUGGAUGACAGAGAGAAGGGAAAUAGCUCUUUGUGCAACCAAUACAAACACAAAAAAAUAUGUAACUUGAAUUUCUGUCGGUAAACAUUUACCAUGAAUUCUGCUUCAGUUAAAUUUUAGUCUUUAUUAAAUCAGACUUUCUUUUGGGUCUUGUAUGUUUAAGUAUCAUCGUCUUUUGCAGAUCAAGACUAUCUUGAGUGGAUUUAUCAUUCGGGGCUACCUGGGUAAAUGGACACUGAUUAUAAAGACUAUAACACUUGGCCUGGCUGUGUCUUCUGGCCUCAGCCUGGGCAAGGAAGGUCCCUUAAUCCAUGUUGCUUGUUGCUGUGGCAAUAUCUUGUGCCAUCUUUUUACAAAGUACCGUAGGAAUGAAGCCAAAAGGAGGGAGGUAAGAAAAUUAAAGAUCAUAGAACUUGACCGUUUCAUGCAUCUUAAUAUACAUAGACUUGAUGCUAUUAUUAUUUUUAUUUUUUUUAAACAUAGGUAUUGUCGGCUGCGGCUGCUGCUGGUGUGUCAGUGGCUUUCGGUGCCCCUAUUGGAGGAGUGCUUUUCAGCUUGGAAGAGGUAACUCUUCUUUCCCAUAGUUUACCUUGUCGCUAAAAAAUAAACCGCAAUAUUGUUUUUGUUUGGUUUUUUUAAAAACCCACCAGAUUUGUACUAGUUUAUUUUUUCCAUAUUUCACUUACUCAGAGUCUCUUUAAUGGUUUAAUUUUCCUUUUUCAUUACUUUUUAAUAAAUGUUUAGACACCACCAUGUGUUUUUGUAUUUGGAUUAGUAAUAUAUUUACACUCUGAUUCCAGUUCCGUUGUAGUACUAACAGCACAUUAGACUAAUGAUUGUUCGAUUAACAUACUGCUGGUGACAACCAUCAGGAUGAAGGAUCUGGUCUUUGUCCUGUAAUAGAAUUGUCAAUACCUUUCUUCUAUGACGUCAUCUUUUCUAAUGAAUCUCAUAGUUUUACAACAUGUUUACUAAUAAUUCAUCUAAACCACCAGGAUUACGGUACUUUAGAUUGUAUUAUUUUUUUAUUAGAUUUCAAAGAAAAGACAAUGCACAGUAAUUUACCUUAACCUGUAUUUGCUCCAUUUCCUUUAGGUCAGUUAUUACUUCCCAAUGAAGACUCUCUGGAGAUCAUUCUUUGCUGCGUUGGUAGCAGCUUUCACUUUGCGCUCCAUCAAUCCAUUUGGUAAUAGCCGCUUAGUGCUCUUCUAUGUUGAAUUUCAUACACCUUGGCAUCUUCUAGAGCUUAUCCCAUUCAUACUCCUGGGAAUUUUUGGUGGAUUAUGGGGUGCUUUCUUCAUUCGAGCCAAUAUUGCCUGGUGCAAAAGACGGAAGACCACCAAAUUGGGUCGCUACCCAGUGUUGGAGGUCCUAGCUGUCACAGCCAUUACAGCGGUUUUGGCUUUUCCCAAUGAAUAUACUCGAAUAAGCUCUAGUGAGCUGAUAUCUGAACUUUUUAAUGACUGUAGCUUGCUGGACUCGUCCAAACUCUGUGAUUACAAGAAUGAUGAUGUUAAUACCACGAAUGGAGGCAUCCUUCCAGACCGUCCCGCUAGUAAAGGAGUCUACACUGCGCUAUGGCAGUUGUCUCUUGCAUUAAUUUUCAAAGCUGUUAUCACCAUCUUUACGUUUGGAAUGAAGGUGAGUUAAUGUGCUUUUAGAAGAUUUUAUGGUAAUAUCUCAAUGUACAACUAUCACCUAAGACCCUAGUGGUGUGGCAAGCUUAUCAGCCAUUUCUUUUUGUGAAGCACUUGUUUUAGAAAUGCAUUACCAUUAAAAGGUGUAUAUGUUUUUUGUUUUGUUUUUUUAACCUGCAAAUGUAGUUUCACAUUUUCUAAAAUGGGAGAAUUUCUGUAUGUGAGCUAUUGCAGAGUUGUUCACUAGUGAGAAUUCAAAGUGAUUUAAAAAAAAAAAAUUUAAGGUCAAAAUGGAAAAUUUCAGGUCAGGUAUGCUUGCAGUUCAGCUACUCUGGCCUUAAAUUUGAAAUGCACUUUGAAUUCUCACCAUGUUAGAGAUAAAUGUGACAUGAUUAACAGCUAUUUUAUAACUCUAACAUGGUUGUUUACUAAAAGCUGUUGUAUGUCUGUCUGCGGCAAAUAUGAGCACUGGGCGCUCUAAGGGCGAUGUCGAAGCAUCCUGCAAUACCCCCCGACUGCCGGGCCGACUUAGUAGGUAAAUAGUCCUAACAAGCAAAUAGAGCUAAAAGUGGUUAUCCCUACAAAGCAAGGUCAUGAUAAGAGAUAUCCUGUCAUUACAAAAUAAUACACAGCAGAGGCGAAAUUACAUGUGAUAUUUUAUUUUCAGUAGUAUUGAAAAAUUACAGUUUACUUCUUUUAAAGUGGCUCUGUCACCCAAAACAAUUUUGUUUUAAAAUGCUCAUCAUAAAGACUCUGUUGGAAUUUUAUUGAAAUUCUGAUAUCGUCAAAACACUAUGAGACAAAGUAGGGACUACAUUGUCUAAUGGUGAAUCUGCAAAGUGACAAAAGGCAGAACCGCUGUCAAGUUUUGACACUUCCCCCAUUCAAUCGCAGGAUCCUCCAUAGACACCAGUGUUGUGCAAGAGAACAGCACUGAAACAGGCUCCAGGCAGAUGUAGCAUCAGUAGCUGAAGAUUGAAGAUGGCAACACCUGCCUCGGACAGCAUAGGUUUAGUAUAACUCGCCUCUGCUACACCCCCAGGCCACUGCUUUACAAAUAGCAAUGUCACCACCAGGAGUCUUUGCAUAUUUUGGUGACAGAGCCACUUUAAGUCCCUCGUCGCUGCUUCUUCCUCCACGCCACUCCUCCCUCUGAUUGCGUCGGCUGGUGGGCCGGGGAGACCUAAUGCGCAUGCGCGGCAAUGCCGCGCAUGCACAUUAGUGCUCCCCAUAGGAAAGCAUUGAAAAUGCGUUUCAAUGCUUUCCUACGGGGAAAUGAGCGACGCUGGAGGUCCUCACAAAGCGUGAGGACGUCCAGCGACGCUCUAGCACAGGUUUCCUGUGCUAUAAACCAGGAAGUGCCCUCUAGUGGCUGUCUAGUAGACAGCAACUAGAGGUGGAGUUAAGCCUGCAAGGUAAUUAUUGCAGUUUAUAAAAAAAACUGCAAUAAUUACACUUGCAAGGUUAAGAGUAGUGGGAGUUGGCACCCAGACCACUCCAAUGGGCAGAAGUGGUCUGGGUGCCUGGAGUGUCCCUUUAAUUGCAAGUGCAUAAUUUUCAGUCUUGAGGGAACUCAUUUUAAUAGUGUAUAGAUCACAUCAGACACAAGAUGGUGACUUGUAGUGCAAUACAGUCAUUAUAAAUAUGGCAAACCUGGUGGCAGUGUUUUUUGUGCUGUACUGUAAAGCAAAUAAAUACUUAAAUACAUAAUGUAACCUGAGGCAGCUAAAUAGUGUAUUAUAGCAGAAUAAUUCCUCUGAAGUGCACUCACUGCUUAUGGUGUGAGUUAGGACCAGGUAAACUCUGUUUUAAAUUAAUACAGCAUCAGAAUGUGACUUUACUGACUGGCUUAUUCUGUUCUAUAACUGAACGGGCAGGGGAAAUGGUGUGGCAUCUGGUUCUUUGACUGACCUGAACCCACAACACUAAAGGACCACUAUAAUGUCAGGAAAACAAAUUUGUUUCCGUUAAACUAUAUAAUCCUUAGGUCCCCCUCACCUGCUGGGCUGAAGGGGUUAAAACCCCUUCAGCCACUUACCUUUAUCCAGCGGCGGGCUUCCUCGGCACUGGUGACCUCUCCUCCCCCUCCGACUUCUGCUCCCGAGUGGAGCUGAAUGCGCAUGCGCGGCUAGAGCCGCGCACGCAUUAAAAACGCCCAUUGGAAAGCUUUUCCCAAUGCUUUCCUAUGGACGUUCUGCGUGCUCAAUGCGAUUUUCGCAUUGAGCGUCGGGGAAGGCUGGAUUAACCCUGCAAUUUCUCUGAAACUGCUAUGUUUAAAGCUGAAGGGUUAAAAUCUGUGGGACCUGGCACCGAGACCACUUCAUUGAGCUGAAGUGGUCUGGGUGACUAUAGUGGUCUUUUAAUACCUUUUUAUUUGGCAUUUACUGGUCUAAUCUCUUUAUGAGGCUGUGCAGAUUAAGUAUACUAAUUUAAGGUAUAAAAAAGUUGGAUGAAGUGUACCUUGCAGAUGGAGUGUACUCAUUUAAGGUCUAGAAAAGGAGAAUGUGUAUUAACAUGCCUUUUGCAAAAUCAAAAUAAUGAUUUCUAGGUGCCAUGCUACUAGUAACAGCAGUAAAAAAAAAAAAAAACUAAGGGGCCCUAUUACUGGUCACCCUUGCUAGCUGCAGAUGAUUACAUUGCUUUCCCUAUGGUUCAACAUGGAUGAAGGGUGGAGUGUUACAGGGUGAGGGGGGAGGUAAGCGUGACAGGGUUAAUUGUUAAUGUGACAGGGUGAAUGUGGCAUGGUUGGGGAAGUGUUUAUCACUGGGUUGGGAGGAGUGAGUGUGAUAGGGCAAGGGGAGAUGAAUGUGACAUGAUUAAGGUGAAUUAGUUGACUGGGUGAGUGUGGCAGGGUUGGAAGGGAGUGUAGCACGGUUGGAGGAAGGAGUUUGACAGGAAAAGGAGUGGUGAGUGUGACAGUGAGAGAAAAGGUGAGUAUAACCAGAUUAGGGGGUCAUGUGAUAGGGUGAGUGUGGCAGAACGAGAGGAGUUGAGUGUGAUUUGGUUGAAGUGGGUAAGUGUGACAGUAUUAGGAUGGGUUAAAGUGAGUGUGACAGGGUUAAGGGGGCAACAGUGUGUGUGGGGAGUGGUGACCGUGUGUGUGGGGAGGGGGCUGACAGAGUGUGGAAGGGUGGCAGGUGGCUGAGUGAGGGGGGGGUCACAGGGGGCAGAGUGAGGUAGUGAGGGGGCUACAGGGGGCAAAGUGAGGGAUGGAGGAGUGAGAGGGGGAACGUUUGAGGGAAGGAGGGGGUGACGGGGUAAAGAGGAAGUAUUAGAAAUACCUUUAUUUCCCUGGUGGUCCAGUGUCCUGGCUCCCUGGUGGUCCUGUGGGUUGUCAUUCUCCCUGGUGGUCCGGUGGCCUUCCUAUCCGCGUGAUAGGAGUCUCGCAAUCUCCAGAAGUCAGAGCUUUGCUGUGGGUUUCCACGGCAAUGCUCUGACUUCUGGAGAUCGCGAGACUCCUAUCACAUGGUUUGCAGCUCACACCCAGCUGAACUGCAGACUAAAGGCUGGCUCUCAGGGCAGACUGGAGGGGCCUUGCACCCGGCCUGACAAGUCACUCUGCCCUAAGGCGAUUUUAGGCGGCUGCGAGGUACCAGCCAGCUUGAGACCUUAGGCGGCCACCUAAUUAGAGAGCCGCUUCUGCAUACAGACAUGUAAGCUGAUACCAGAUUAUACUUUAGGUUUUGCUACACGCUACUAGUCCUUAGCAAGUUAUGGGGAUAUAAUUUCUUAGACUUUUAGUGUAUGGCACCACCCAGUGGGUAUUAGCUGUAUUUAUCGCUGACCACAUUUUGCUAUACACUGGGAGGUAUUACUGCAUCUAUUAUUCCUCUUAUCCCAUAGACUUACAGUCAUAUCACUUUAUUUAUGCCAGUUUUUUGGUUUCUUGUUACAUUUUAUUAGGUUAGUAAUAAAAACUAUUUAUUUUCCUUUUCUAAUAUUUUGCCUUACGUUUGAGUAUUUAUUCUGGCAGGGCACUUGUCACCCAUGUAGUUACACUCUACUUCAUAUAUACCAUACUAUUUUCCUAGUUUCCUCGUUGGUACACUAUCUUUCUUUGUUUAUUCAUUUCUCCUAGGGGUUACCCCCAUUACAAGUGUACCUCUUUUUUUAGGCUCAUUUUCUUUUCUUCUUUCAUACUUCUACUUAGGUUCCCUCUGGACUUUUUAUUCCCAGCAUGGCUGUGGGUGCUAUUAUGGGGAGACUGAUGGGAAUAAGUGUAGAACAACUGGCCUACUACCAUCAUGACUGGGCAAUUUUCAAAGGAUGGUGCAGCCAAGGAGCCGACUGUAUCACACCAGGUCUCUAUGCCAUGGUGGGAGCAGCAGCUUGUUUAGGUGAGUGGCAUGAUGUCAUUUUAAACAAUAUUAUUAAUGGAACUACAUGGUGAUUUGCUUGUAAGUACAAUGAUCUGUUUAUAUUUAUAUAUUAUAUACCUUGUAGCAUGAAAACUGGUCAUGUGACAGGGGUGUGGAAUUUAUAUAAUUAAAAACCUUAUUAAAUGCUAAUAGGUUAUGUAAUAUACCCAUGUAGUAAGUACUAUAUCUACUAGGCAAUUAAUAAUAUAAUAUGAUUGACUGUGAAGUGUUUUAUUGCCUUCCAUAAAGAUGUGUGUUAAAUAUAGAAAUGUAUAAUAAUCUUAUAAUUGUCUAUCAGUUUAAAUUAGAAUGAUGCAUAAGUCAUAUUUACCUUUAUAUUUUUAUUCUUUAUUACGGUGGGAUUAGGUUUUAUUACUGCAGCAUUGCUUGUGUAUUUUUUGAUAAAAUGUUGUGUAAUUAUUAUUUUUUUUUUUAUUACAUUACUAACAUCUUUGCACUCAUUUACAUCUGUAUUUUUUGUGUAGGUGGAGCAACACGAAUGACUGUUUCCUUAGUUGUCAUAAUGUUUGAGUUGACUGGGGGUCUGGAAUAUAUUGUGCCUUUAAUGGCUGCUGCCAUGACCAGCAAGUGGGUAGCAGAUGCACUGGGACGGGAGAGCAUCUAUGAUGCUCACAUUCACCUAAAUGGCUACCCCUUUUUAGAAGCCAAAGAAGAGUUUAGCCACAAAACACUAGCAAUGGAUGUGAUGCGCCCAAGGCAUAAUGACCCAUCACUGACGGUCCUUACUCAAGACAGCAUGACCGUGGGGGACAUAGAAGCAGCUAUCAACGAAACAACGUAUAGUGGCUUUCCUAUAGUUGUCUCCAGAGAGUCACAAAGGCUUGUGGGCUUCGUUCUGAGGCGAGAUCUGAUCAUCUCUAUUGGUAAAUAAUUAUGUUUCUAAGCAAAACAUUUUUACUAUUUCCCUGCACUAACUUGAACUUGCUGCAAAGUCACAUUAAUGUUUGUGGUAAUGAUACAUAGUCUUGAUUUUCACAUUUUGCUAUCAGUUUAAGAUUCUCCUGUUCUUUUCAAACACAUAACACAGGGCUUGACAAGUUUGCUUUGAAUCGAAGAUCCAGCUAAAACAGUGUGCAGCACCUACAUACAGCGUCUCCACGCACUGCAUGUGGCAAUGGGAGCGGGUGGUGAGCAGAGUCAGCACCAGGAGGAAGUCAUUACAGUCCCCUUCACUUCCUCCCGGUGCAUAGAGAAAGAGAGCGAUAGGAGUAGGAGGGAAUGGGCUGGCAAAUCCCAGGUUUCAGGACAAAAUUCUUAGUCGUCUGGUGUCUGGGAUUUGUCAAGCUCUGGCGUAACCACAAAACCUUUUUUUUGUUUGUUUGUUUUGUUUUUUUUUUGCAUAAUGUGUGUCCAAAAGGUAUAUGUUCUGUGCAGAUCCGUUUUUUCUAAUUGAUUGUGAAACAAUUGGUAUGAUAUAAUCACAAACACAUAUAUAACCUUGUACUAUUUUUAGAAGGAAUGUACCCAUUUUCUUUCUAAAUAAGUACCCAAUAAUAAUUUUGUUUUCCUUGUGUGGCAUACUAUAUUAAGGAAGAAACUGCAGUGAGCUUAGCCAGCAUUAAAUAUAUAGUUUGCAAACCUCAGUAGUGCCAAGCUUAGUAAUCACUGUAUUGAACAAUAACUGUCCAGAUCAGUUUUUUUUUGUUUUGUUUUGUUUUGUUUUGUCUUUUUUGUCUUUGAUUUUCUUAGUAGAGGUACUUCUUCAUGUGUACAAAAUAAGUUUGAUUCAAAACAUUUUGAUUCAAAAUGUACAUUUUUAGAACUGUAUUCCUUAUGACUCUGAUGUUUUUUUUGGGUUAGUGGGGACGCGGGGGGUGGUUUAUUCCUCCCACUAACGCAUGUGUGUAUUAACAAUAUUUUUUGUUGAUUUUUCUUUCUUUUAAAGAGAGUGCCAGGAAGAAACAGGAUGGGAUAGUGAGCGCUUCACGAAUUUACUUCUCAGAGUACACACCACCCCAGCCUCCUACCUCACCAGCAAGCCUAAAACUACGUACCAUUAUGGACCUCAGUCCGUUCACAAUCACUGACCAGACACCUAUGGAAAUUGUGGUAGAUAUUUUCCGAAAGCUUGGCCUGCGCCAGUGCCUGGUAACGCACAAUGGGUGAGUUGCACUAAGAGUAUUGAUAAUUAACCGGGUUUAUAUAUAGAAUCACUUUUUCUUAUCAAUGUAUUGUGAUAAUUAAAUUAUUAAAUUUGGCCAAAUGUACAGCAUAUGUGUAAUACUUCAGUUUUAUUCAGUUAGAUGACAAAGGAAGUACAGUGACUUUGACCCAAAAGAUUGCUCCUACAAGACAAAAAUUGAUUUUUAAUUUAAACAAUGUGGCAAAAAAAAAUGUUCUCCUUAAAGGGACAUACUAUAUGUGUUCCCUUGCUAGCGUGUGUUUACUGGGACUCCACUGUUUCAGUGGGGCCCAAAAUCCAAAGUUGUCACCUACACUGAAUUAGAUACGUGUACACGGAGAUGUGGGGAUUAGUGUGCAGACAAACUGCUAUGUUCCUCCAGUGAGUGAUAGCAAGACUUGCUACUGAUACUUUAAGAUCUGGCAACAUAAAAUAAACUACUACUAAAAAUUAGACAAAUUAUAUGCUGUAAAAUGCAAUUCUAACAUUUUCACAUGAGUUGUACAUUUUUUGCAAUUUUACUCCUACAAUAUAUAGUUUGUGUUACAGCAUGGAUAUUUUUUGUUAGCCUUCUGUCCACACUUUAGAUGUAAGAUAUCCUUUAAAAGGCAAAACGUUAAUCCCUUUAAUUUUGGUUUUCAAGGUUUAUUUAAGUAUAUAUUUUAAAAACAUGUUUUAUGUAUGUAUGUAUGUUUGCAGACUUUCCCCCUCAAAUAUAGCUCACAAUACAAUUUAUUUUCCCUUCUCUUUUAGGAGAUUACUUGGAAUUAUAACAAAAAAGGAUGUCUUGAAACAUAUAGCACAGAUGGCCAACCAAGAUCCAGACUCCAUAUUGUUUAACUGAGCAAUUUACCUAACAUUUUUGCCAAUCACAGACGGACUGUGAAUCUUUUGAAGCCAUGCUUCUUUUCACUGUUUGGUGUGUCCUACACCUUCAGACUGGAAAGAUGUUUCACCUAUUCUAAAGGAGCUGCUGCCACUUUAUUUUGAAUGGAAGCAUACUUUCGAUGGGGGGGUACUAAAGGAUAACCAUUUACCACAGCCCCUUCCUUUGUGGUAAAAUGGGCACUUCAGAACUGUUGGACUGUAGCUUUGGUAUAAACCUGUGGAGGAAAUUCAUUUUUAUUUUUUAUUUUUUUUGAAUGAGGGAAGGUAGUUUGGAAAUUAAGCAGGAAACCAGAAAAGGCAAAAUUAAAGCACGUUUAUGGGAGAGAAUGCACCUUUAUUAGACAAAGAAUAAAUUAUGUAUUUAACCAUAACAAUGUACUGUCUUUUAAAGGUCUACUAAUGGUCCACUUAUAUCAGUAGACGCUUGGGUUUAAUGCAUUUGUACACACAUUGGGUUUGCGCAAUGCAAAUGGACUCGUUUUAACUAAAGACAAGCUUCUUAACCUUAUGGUUAUCUGAAAUUAAUUAUUACAAAUGAAGUAUAGUUUAAAUGCAAAAUGAUCAUUAUCGUGCCAGAAAAUCUUGCAUUGUGAAUAAUCCUUAAUCUUGCUUUUGAAAUGUGCAAUUCUAAACUGUUACACAUUUAAUGGAUCAUAUAUAAUUAAAUCUGUAUUUUUUUAUUUCUAAGGUUUUCAGAUCAAAGAAUAGAGAAUUCUAUUUUGUAAUUGUACAUGGGCCCAGAUUUCAGAAUGGCUUGUAAUCCAUCAACAAAAAUAAAAGUGAAAAUUAAGGUUUUCAGUUGACAUUUGAAA